AUGUUUCCUGCAUACUUGUAUUACCCCAUCUACUGUAGUUUUAUCUUGGGUAUGAUAUCCUGCUCAUGUUGUCUGGCUAUACGUCUGCAGGCCUCGUACCAAACAACCCACAAGCUCAGUGUCGAGGAUGUCUGUCUUAUACUGUCUUGGGCUUGUAGCAUAGCGACCCAAGUGAUAAUCUUAUGGGCUUUAGGCCACGCAGGUCUUGGGCAUCACAUAUGGUACCUAAAUGAGAAGACUAUUGAUAUAUAUCAGAAGCUGCUUCUCUCAGUAUUCUGUUCAUUUGUUUUCGGGAUGUAUCUGACCCGGCUUUCUCAAAUAUUGUUCCUACAUCGAGUCAUCAUUAUCACAGAUACCCAGUGGCUCCGUACCGUCCUAGUUGUCGUUAUAGUGUUAAUAUCCCUAGGAUCAUACACUCUGGUUGCUUGUUUUAUCUUUGCUUGUCAGCCAAUAUCAAAGUCUUGGAACAUCGCACUUCCAGGAAAAUGCAUUAACAAGGCCGCUAUUUUUGUGUCAGUGGCAGUGUUCAAUAUCGUGUCAGACUUCUGCCUAAUUGCCCUACUUGUCCUGCUGAUAUGGCACAUACAAUUAUCAAACUCCCAUAAAAAGAAAUUCUUCAUUCUUUCCAGUUUGGCUUGUUUGACAUUUAUCGCGAGUGCUGUCCGCUUACGAUUUACUGUUCCUCUACUGAAAUCCGAUGACCUGACAUAUAAAAUGGCACCUGUGGCCUUAUUAGUUGGAAUAGAAGCCAAUGUGACUAUUAUCACUGUAUGCUUUCCCGCAGUAAGACAAUCAAUCCGCAGAACUGCAUUGAGAACCUCUACGCAGUUUUGA